GCCAGGAAGUGAUAGUGCGUCACCUUUAUCGUUCAGAGGGUUGAACAGAACGAUACAUUGUUUUCGCUGGCUGCAUAUUUUCGUUUGCAUUUACCUAGAGUGAACAAUAACAAGAGAAGCUAAAUCAUGACAACACCGGCCGAUACAACGGCUCGGGAGAUCAAAGUCCUUGAAACAGCAGAGGACAUUCAAGCGAGGAGAGAUGAAGUCUUAGGUCGUUAUGCAGCCUUCAAAGCUGCCUGCAGGGACCGCAAACACAAUCUGGAAGAUUCCAGAAGAUACCAGUACUUCAAAAGAGAUGCUGAUGAACUGGAGUCCUGGAUCAAUGAGAAGCUGCAGACAGCCUCAGAUGAGAGCUACAGAGAUCCAACAAAUUUACAGGCCAAGAUACAAAAACACCAAGCUUUUGAAGCUGAGGUCUCAGCUCAUGCUAAUGCUAUCCAGUCCCUUGAUGACAUUGGAUAUGAGAUGAUCAACCAGGGUCACUUUGCUUCUGAAAUUAUCCAGGACCGUCUGGAUGAACUCCAUCGCUUGUGGGCUUUGCUCCUUGCUCGCUUGGCAGACAAAGGUACAAAACUCCAACAGGCUCUCAAGCUUGUACAGUUCAUGAGGGAAUGUCGUGAAGUUAUGUUUUGGAUCAAUGACAAGGAUGCGUUUGUAACAUCUGAUGAGUUUGGGACAGAUUUGGAGCAUGUUGAAGUUCUCCAGAAGAAAUUUGAUGAGUUUCAGAAGGAUCUACAAAACCACGAAGACAAAGUUGCUGAAGUGAACAAUUUGGCUGAACAACUUGUAGCUGAUGGUCACCCUGAGGAGGAGACUAUCAGAAUUAAGCAACAGGAAGUAAAUGAGGCUUGGCAAAGACUGCGCCAGCUCUCUCUGAUAAGGCAGGAGAAGUUAUUUGGAGCUCAUGAAAUCCAGAGAUUUAAUAGAGAUGCUGAUGAGACAAUCUCAUGGAUCCAAGAAAAAGAUGCUAUCCUGUCAACUGAUGAUUAUGGCAGAGAUCUUGCCAGUGUCCAAGCCUUACAAAGGAAACAUGAAGGUGUUGAGAGGGACUUGGCUGCACUUGAAGAAAAGGUUUUGGCCCUGACUAGCGAGGCUGAUCGCCUGCAGGAGACCCAUGUAGAUCAAUCUGGACAAAUCCGGGAUAAGAGAAGAGAGAUAAAUGAAAACUGGGAGAAACUCAAAACUAAGGCAACAGAAAGAAAGACAAGACUAGAUGAUGCCUACUACCUUCAGAGAUUUCUCUCAGAUUUCCGUGAUCUUGUGUCUUGGAUCACAGACAUGAAGGCCAUCAUCUCAGCUGAUGAGCUGGCCAAGGAUGUGGCUGGUGCUGAGGCUCUCCUGGACAGACACAAUGAGCACAAAGGUGAAAUUGAUGCCAGAGAAGACAGUUUCCAAUCAACCACACAAGCUGGUACUAGAUUGGUGGAGUCACAUCACUUUGCCUCUGAGGAAGUGAAAGAAAAGCUACAAGUCUUGAACUAUGAGAAGCACACUCUUUUGGAACUGUGGGAGGAAAGGAGGGUUUUGUACGAGCAGUGCAUGGACUUGCAGCUGUUCCUGCGUGACACAGAGCAGGCUGACACAUGGAUGACCAAACAGGAGGCUUUCUUGGUGAAUGAUGACCUGGGGGAUUCCUUGGACAGUGUUGAGGCACUGCUGAAGAAGCAUGGAGAUUUUGAAAAAUCAUUGGCUGCACAAGAAGAGAAAAUUAAGGCUUUGGAUGAGUUUGCCAGCAAGCUGAUUGAUAGUGAGCACUACGCUUCAGAAGAUGUAGCAGCUAGACGAGACCAGCUCCUCGCAAGACGCAAUGCUCUGUAUGAAAAGUCAAGUGCACGCCGUUACAUGCUUGAGCAGUCCAAUGAGUUUCAGAUCUUUGAAAGGGAUUGUGAUGAAACCAAGGGGUGGAUCAACGAGAAGCUAAAGACAGCAUCAGAUGAAAAUUAUUUGGAUCCAACCAAUUUGCAAACAAAGCUCCAGAAGCAUCAAAACUUUGAAGCUGAAAUUGAUGCCAACAAGAAUCGUAUUGAGAGCAUACAAGCCAGGGGGGAGCAGCUGAUUGAAAAUGACCACUAUGCCAAAGGCCCUAUCCAGGAACGAGUGGAUGAAAUAGAACGUCUGUGGACUACAUUGCAGGCCCAAACUGAAAAGAAAGGUAACAAGUUGAAUGAGGCAGCUCACCAACAGCAGUUCAACCGUAAUGUUGAGGAUGUUGAAUCCUGGCUGGCUGAUAUUGAGAGCUCUCUCAUCUCUGAGGAUUAUGGCAAACUUCUACAACGAAGUGAUUUGACCAAUGUCCAGAAUCUUCAGAAGAGGCAUGCUCUUUUAGAAUCAGAUGUUUUAUCACACCAGGACCGUCUUGAUCAACUGCAGUCCCAGGCUACUUUGUUUCUGAAUGGGGAUCAUUUUGACAAGGAAAACAUUAGAUCCAAGCAGGUGGAGGUUGUUACACGCUACCAGAAACUAAAUGCACCCAUUGUGCAGCGCAAACAGAAACUGAAUGAAGCUUUGACCCUACAACAGUUCCUGAGGGAUGUUGAGGAUGAAGAGGAUUGGAUCAGAGAGAAGGAACCUAUUGCUUCAUCUACUAAUAGAGGCCGUGACUUGAUUGGUGUUCAGAACUUGAUGAAGAAGCACCAGGCUCUUCAAGCAGAGGUAGCUGGACAUGAGCCACGCAUUAACAAUGUAUGUCAAACUGGCACUGACAUGAUCAAGGAGGGACAUUUUGCCACUGAUACCAUCAAAACAAAGAUUGCUGAUUUAAAGGAGAAGUGGCAUGCAUUGAAGGAAAAAGCCCACCAACGUAAACAGGACCUGGAAGAUUCUCUGCAAGCACAGCAGUACUUUGCUGAUGCCAAUGAGGCAGAGUCGUGGAUGAGAGAGAAGGAGCCAAUCGCAGCCAACACAGAUUAUGGUAAAGAUGAGGAUUCAGCUGAGGCUUUGUUGAAAAAACAUGAAGCUUUCAUGGCUGAUUUGGAAGCUUACCGUAGUGUCAUUGAAGGUCUUAGGGAGCAAGCUCAAGCUUGUAAGCAACAAGAGGCCCCAAUUAUUGAUGACAUUGGUACAGAGAAAGUUGUGGCCUUGUAUGACUACACUGAGAAGUCACCGCGUGAGGUGUCCAUGAAGAAAGGGGAUGUGCUGACACUUCUCAACUCCGCCAACAAGGACUGGUGGAAAGUUGAGGUGAAUGACAGGCAAGGAUUUGUUCCUGCUGCCUAUGUGAAGAAGUUGGACCCCAGCUUGUCAGCAUCCCGCAACAACCUGAUGGAUGAAUUCACCAUUUCAGUCAGACAGAACCAAAUUGAAACACAGUAUGCUAACCUGUUGGAUUUGGCCAACCAACGGCGUGAGAAUGUCCAGGAAUCCAACAAAGCCUACCAGCUGGUCAGAGAGGCAGCAGAGCUGGCAGCUUGGAUCACGGAGAAAGAAAACUCCAUGGCAGGUGAAGAAGUGGGAGAUGACCUUGAGCAGGUGGAGGAGAUGCAGAAGAAGUUCGAUGACUUCCAGAAGGAUUUGAAAGCCAAUGAGGCCAGACUACAAGAGCUGAACAACAUUGCUGAUCGUUUGACAGCCAUGGGACACACUGAAGCUGCAGAGAAGAUCAGAGAACAGAUCAUUCAACUCAACCAGAGGUGGGUGACACUGCAACAAGUUACAGCAGAGAGGGCACAGACUUUGAGCAGUUCAUUUGAAGUUCAACGUUACCAUCGUGAAGUUGAUGAAGCUAAAGAUUGGAUCAAAGAGAAAGACACAGCUCUCAAUAAUGACAAUUAUGGCCAUGACCUUGCCAGCGUUCAGGCCCUACAGCGCAAGCAUGAGGGUCUUGAAAGAGACUUGGCUGCACUCGGGGAGAAGGUUCGUGAGCUUGACGAAAUGGCUCAAAGGUUGAUGCAAACACAUCCAGACCAAGCAGAGAACAUCUAUGAACAUCAGACUGAAAUCAAUGAGAUGUGGAAUGCACUCACUAUCAAGGCUGAUGCUCGUAAAGUCAAGCUUUUGGAUGCCUAUGAUUUACAGAGAUUUUUGAGUGAUUACAGAGACCUUACAAGUUGGAUCAACAGCAUGAUGGCCCUUGUAUCAUCUGAUGAACUGGCUAGAGAUGUUACAGGUGCUGAAGCCUUGCUAGAGAGGCAUCAGAUGUUCAGUUCAGAAAUUGUGAGCCACUAUGGUAUUACGGCUCUGCCCGGGGAAGAAGAAGAUGAAUAUUUAGAAGAGGAACACAGAACAGAGAUGGAUGCUCGUGCUGGAACAUUCCAGGCCUUUGAGUUAUUGGGGCAACAGCUGCUGCAGAAUCAGCACUAUGCCAGUGAUGAUGUACAACAGAAGUUGGAGGAGCUGGCAAGAUCUAGGGAGGAGCUAGAACAGGCCUGGAUUGCCCGGCGUAUGAAGCUUGACCAGUGCCUGGAGCUCCAGCUUUUCUAUCGUGACUGUGAACAGGCUGAGUCAUGGAUGGCUUCCCGUGAAGCUUUCCUGGCUGGCGACUCAGUGGAUGGGGACAAUGUGGAGACUCUGAUCAAGAAACAUGAAGAUUUUGAUAGGGCUAUCAACUCCCAGGAAGAGAAAAUCAAUUCCCUUCAAAAUUUUGCUGAUCAACUGAUCACAUCUAAUCAUUAUGAUGGUCCAGCCGUGUCAGACAAGAGAGACCAGGUGCUUGAUAGAUGGUCCAAGCUGAAGGAUGCUUUGAUUGAGAACCGCUCCAAGCUAGGUGAAGCUCAGACACUGCAGCAGUUCUCCCGUGAUGCAGAUGAGAUGGAGAACUGGCUACAGGAGAAGCUCCAGAUUGCCUUGGAUGAAUCUUACAAAGAUCCCACAAACAUCCAGAGCAAGCACCAGAAACACCAGGCUUUUGAGGCUGAGCUGGCUGCUAAUGCUGACAGACUUCAGUUCUUGUUGACUACUGGCCAAAACCUGAUUGACCAGCGUCAGUGUGCUGGCUCUGAAGAUGCCGUACAGAACCGCCUGGAGAGUUUGUUGAACCAGUGGGAGGACCUGGUGGCCAAGUCAGCUGAGAAGAGUGACAAGCUGAAAGAAGCCAGCAGGCAACAGACCUACAAUGCUGGGGUCAAAGACAUUGACUUCUGGCUCGGAGAGGUGGAACAGAUGCUGGCAUCAGAAGACUACGGUAAAGACCUUGCCUCUGUCCAGAACCUGCUCAAGAAGCAUCAGCUAAUGGAGGCUGAUAUAGCUGCUCAUGAGGAUCGCAUCAAAGAUUUGAACAGCCAAGCUGAUCAGUUUGUUGAGGCUGGUGUUUGGGACUCUGAAAGUAUUGUCUCCAGAAAACAGACCAUCAAUGAGAGAUAUGAAAAAAUCAAGGAAUUUGCAGUUCAUAGACGUAAUCGUCUGAAUGAGGCUAACACUAUGCACCAGUUCCUUAGAGAUAUUGAUGAUGAAGAAGCUUGGAUCAAAGAAAAGAAAUUACUUGUUGGUUCAGAGGAUUAUGGCAGAGAUCUGACAGGUGUGCAGAACUUGAGGAAGAAACACAAAAGGCUGGAGGCAGAGUUGGAGAAUCAUGAACCAGCUAUACAGGCUGUGCAAGAAACUGGUGAGAAGCUGAUGAAUGAAUCAGAUAUUGGUGUCAGUGACAUCAAGAGCAGGCUGGAUCAGCUGGCAUCCAGCUGGGCUGAGCUGAAGGAAAUGGCUGCCAACAGGGGUGACAAACUUGAGCAGAGCUAUGCCUUCCAGCAGUUCAGUGCCAAUGUUGAGGAGGAAGAGUCAUGGAUCACAGAGAAGCAACACCUGCUUUCUACAGGUGACCUAGGAGAUACCAUGGCUGCAGUACAGGGUCUGUUGAAGAAACAUGAAGCUUUUGAGUCUGAUUUCCAAGUCCACAAAGAGAGAUGCACAGAAAUAAAGAGAGAGGGACAGACCUUGAUUAAUGAGGGCAACCACAAUGCUGACCUCAUCAGUCAAAGGAUGGCUGGCCUGGAAGAGAAACUGAAGGAGCUGGAACAUGGAGCAGCCAAGAGACAGUCAGCUCUCAAUGACAAUUCAGCCUUCCUGCAGUUCAUGUGGAAGACUGAUGUGGUUGACAGCUGGAUCGCUGACAAAGAAACGCAAGUAAGAUCUGAAGAUUAUGGACGUGACUUAUCAUCUGUUCAAACUUUCCUCACAAAACAGGAAACCUUCUCUGCUGGACUUGCUGCUUUUGAAAAGGAGGGCAUCCAAACUAUCACCAGCCUGAAGAACCAACUUGUGGCCAGUCGACACGAGCAGACCCUGGUCAUCGAGGAGCGCUACAACGCAGUCAUGUCUCGCUGGCAGAAGCUCCUGGCUGAUGCGGAGGACAGGAAGCAGAAGCUGCUCCACCUCCAGGACAAGUACAGGCAGAUUGAGGACCUGUACCUGACCUUUGCCAAGAAGGCUUCAGCUUUCAACAGCUGGUUUGAGAAUGCUGAGGAGGAUCUGACAGAUCCUGUUAGGUGCAACAGUGUUGAGGAAAUUAAGGCUUUGAGGGAGGCACAUGAACAGUUCAAAGCUUCCCUCAGUGCUGCCAAAGCUGACUUCAAGGGGCUGGAGUCUUUGGAUGCUCAGAUCAAGAGCUUUAAAGUUGGACCCAACCCCUACACCUGGUUCACCAUGGAAGCUCUGGAGGAGACAUGGAACAACUUGCAGAAAAUUAUUAGAGAACGUGAUAGUGAUCUGGAUAAAGAAGAGCGCAGGCAGGAAGAGAACGACCAGCUGAGGAAACAGUUUGCUCAGGCUGCUAAUGCCUUCCAUUCCUGGCUCACACAGACCAGGAUGUGGCUACUUGAUGGAGCUGCAAUGAUGGAAGGCUCUGGAUCCUUGGAGGAGCAAUUAGAAGCCACUAAGAGAAAGGCUGCAGAGGUCAGGUCACAGAAAGGUCACCUGAAGAAGAUAGAAGACCUCGGGGCAGCAAUGGAGGAGAGAUUGAUUCUUGAUAACAGGUACACAGAGCACAGCACUGUUGGUCUGGCCCAGCAGUGGGAUCAGCUAGACCAGCUGUGUAUGAGGAUGCAGCACAACCUGGAGCAGCAGAUAGAGGCCAGGAACAGGAGUGGUGUGUCUGAGGACGCCCUCAGAGAGUUCUCCAUGAUGUUCAAGCACUUUGACAAAGACAAGAGUGGUAAACUUGACCACCAGGAGUUCAAGUCCUGUCUCAGAGCUCUGGGCUAUGAUUUACCUAUGGUAGAGGAAGGACAGGUGGACCCAGAGUUCCAGGCUAUUCUAGACAUCGUAGAUCCUAACAGGGAUGGUUUUGUGUCCCUGCAAGAGUACAUGGCAUUUAUGAUCAGCCGGGAAACUGAGAACGUCCAGUCUAGCUCUGAGGUGGAACAGGCUUUCAGGGCUCUCACAUCUGGAGAGAAACCCUACAUUACAGCCCAGGAGUUGUAUGCCAAUCUAACCAAGGAACAAGCAGACUAUUGCAUAUCUCGUAUGAAACCUUAUGUGGACAAAACAGGCCGGGCUGUGCUAGACUCAUACGACUACGUGGACUUUACUCAUCAGCUGUUUGUCAACUAACCCUGCCACAACCUGCAUAUUUUAAAACCGCAUUUUUAGUGUACUUUCUCUUUUAUACAGUAAACUUUUUGUAAAGCUAGGCUCGUAAAAACACACUUAGACUACCACAUAUAUUGUUGACAUCCAGCCAUACUAAAACACAAAUGCAUCAAAAUGUCUUUUUGUAUCCUGGUGUACCAAUGUUUAUCUUCUAUGCCAUACAGUAGAUGUUCAGGUCUUGAAAGUGUUUCUAUUUUUUAAAAUCACAUUUUUAAAUGGCUAAACCAUUGGUCCUUCUCUUGACCAAGUUUCGAUUCGACCCAAGUUUUGCUCCCUCACCGUAGCAACACCAUAGUUUUAAGAUCAAGAGAAAGAUGAUUGUCCAUGGUGAACUUCCCCCUGUGUGAAAAUUUUUUUUUGGUUGUGAUAAACAUUUUAUUUAUGUCACUAAUCACCUAUUAGAUGUCAUUAAUUAAUAAAUUUAUCUAUGAAUAUUUGAGUCUUUGUAUUGUUUCUUGAACAGCCCUUGGCAGUUUUAUUGUCUGUUUCCUUAGCUGUUUAGUAAAUAGAGUAUAAUCUUUUGUAUUCUAGUCUAGCUAUACUCCAGUGCUUAUUUAGAUGGCUUUUAUUAAACAUACUUGCUUAUUG